AUGUCAAGCCCUCUGCUCACAAGGUCAUGGGUGGUGCCGGCCACUCAUCCUCGUGCUCCGCUGACAGUACAAUCGCCCGAGGCGCAACUGUUCGUCGCAGUCAACGAAUACAGACCGCGCAGGGCGAGUCCUGGGGCAACUAUUCUCCUAACGCACGGGACAUCAUUCUGCAAAGAGCUCUGGGAGCCAUUGAUUAACUAUUGGUUGCGGGACGAUAGCCCCCUCAAAAUCCAGGCAGUCUUUGCUAUGGAUGCCGCAAACCACGGUGACAGCGCCGUAAUCAAUCAGAAUAGGCUGGGCUCCUCAAGGCAUUCCUUCGGAGGAGGUACUCUGGCACAUGCUUCCAUCCUCUCCCCGAAAAAAUUUGAUGCAACGAUACUCGUCGAGCCCAUCAUUUUUCAAAUGAAAGAACAGACUACUGCUAUCGCGAAAUUGGUACUGAAUCGAAGGGAUACAUGGAAGAACCGGUAUGGCACCCGUACCGGCUACCUGGUCCCCACUGACGCCCAUUGGAGAGAGGAGGCGUGCGCCCUAAUCUCCAAUAGCAAAGGAUUCGCAGAUUGGACUCUCGACCAACGAAAACGUUAUGCAGCCACGUACUUAGCCGGUCCCCAUCCGGAAAUCAUCCACCUUCUCUCUAAGUCGCGGGAACCUCGUUACUAUGUCAUGGGCGGGAAGAGUUUGGUCUUAAACAACGAAUGUCGAGCAAUUAUCCAGGACUUGGCUCGUGUUCAUGGCGACAUGGUCGUCAUUGGGGAUGGAGGGCAUCUGGGGCUAUCGUUGAACAGUUUUUAA